UGGACAUUUGUCAGAAGAUCGUCGAGGCAGCUGAAGCUUCUUUGAAGGAUCGUCGACGCAACUGAACCUUCGUCGGAAGAUCGUCGACGCAUCUGAACAUUCUUGAGAGCAUUAUCGACGCACCUGAACGUUCGUCAGAAGAUCGUCGAGGCAGUUGAACCUUCCUUGAAGGAUCGUCGACGCACCUGAACGUUCGUCAGAAGAUCGUCGACGCAGCCGAAGCCUCGUGCUACUGAAAUCGGCGGCUUUCUGGCCGCGAAUUCCGAGCCGCGAGGAAACCUCGACUCUCUCGUCGACGCAGAGACCAAGGGAGAAAGAGAAAGAGAAAGAGAGAGAAAGAGAGAGGGAGAGAGGAGGAGUGGCCGGGUAUUAUUGGAAGAGACACGCGCGAACAGAGGACCGCGGCGUCGAGCCGAGUAGAAGAAGAUCGUAGCCGGGUCGACGAUCCACGAGCGGCGGCGGCUGCUGCUGCCAGUUUUCGGAACGUACGCUAAUCAUGCGCGAGUAAAGUGGAGGUCGAAGCCGCGGGAACCAGCGAGGAACCAGGUGAGGGAGGCGGGAGGCCGACAAACCGGUGAAACGGAGCAGACAAAGGAGGGAGGGACGCGCUUUUAAACCGAUGAGAUGACAGUGUUGUGCGUGCUGUGGGCAACAUUGUCCACCGUGGCGUCGAUUCUCGCCUGUUCCGGAUUUUAUCUGCCUUACUGGAUUCAGGGACGACUGUUGGGAAAAGCGGACGCGUAUUUUAGUUCCUUUCGGCGCUGCAACUAUCCGCGAAUAAGGGCGCCGAACACCGCACCCGAAAUUGUUUACGAGUGCGCCAGGUACUCCAGCUUCUGGGACAUACCGAGCGCCUGGUGGCAGGCGAGCACCGUCACGAUGGGGAUCGGCGUGGCGAUCGCAGUGAUCGGCGCGCUCACCUUGCUGGCCGCAGCCUCCAGCUUUCUACCGCACAUACUGAAAACACCGAAGCACACCAGGGUGCUUGGCGGCCUGCAGCUGCUCGCUGCAGCGAUGAUAUGCGGCGGCCUGGUGAUGUAUCCCAUAGGAUGGGAUAACAGAGAAGUACGGGAGUCCUGCGGGAAGGGUGCUAACGUGUACAAUCUCGGAAAGUGCUCGCUGUCCUGGUCGAGCCACCUGCUGAUCAGCUCGGUGGCGUUGCUGAUGCUGUGCUUCGGGCUGAGCUUCUGCGCCGCGCGACACAAACCAUCGAACCCUCGCACCGAUCCGCUGCGCAUUUGACAAUCGAGAUACUCCCAAUCGAUUGACGCGUACGCAUCGCCGAAGAAGACCACACUUUCGUUCGUGACCGUCUGCUGAUCCCGAGCACCGCAGACCGCGAUCCCUGAUUACUGGCAGGCCGGCUGCUCGGUUGCUCUCCUCGAUCCUCUCGAUCCUCCUUUCCUUCGUCAUCGAUUUCCUUUUCGUUGAUCCUCCUUUCUUCUGCCAUCGAUCUCCCUUUUCUAGAUCGUUCUUUUUUUCGGAAAUCUUCUUUAUCUCCUCGUUUCUUCUUCUAGUGAUCUCCUUUUCUUUGAUUCUCCUUUCAUUGAUCUCCUUUUCCUAGAUCUUCGUCUCUUCUUUCAUUGAUCUCCUUUUCCUAGAUCUUCGUCUCUUCUUUCAUUGAUCUCCUAUUCCUAGAUCCUCCUUUCUUCUCCCAUUGAUUUUCAAUUUAACCUUGAUCCUCGUUUUUUCUUCUAUUUUUUCUUCUUCUUUUCUUUGAUUCUCCUUUUCCCUUUCAUUGAUCUCCUUUUCCUAGAUCUUCGUUUCUUCUUUCAUUGAUCUCCUUUUUAUAGAUCCUCCUUUCUUCUUUCAUUGAUCUCCUAUUCUUAGAUCCUCCUUUCUUCUCCCAUUGAUCUCCAAUUUAACCUUGAUCUUCGUUUCUUCUUCCAUCGAUCUCCUUUUCUUCGAUUUUUCUUCUCCCUUCCAUCGAUCCCUUUUCAUUGAUCCUUCUUUCUUCUUCCAUUGAUCUCCAAUUUAACCUUGAUCCUCCUUUCCUUUUCCAUCGAUCUUCAUUUCCUAGAUCCUCCUUUCCUCCUCCAUCGAUCUCCUUUUUGCCUUCCAUCGAUCUCCUUUUCAUCGAUCCUCCUUUCUUCUUCCAUCAGCCUUCUUUUCUUGGAUCCUCCUCUCUUCUUCCAUCGAUCGUAAUUUUCUUAGAUUCUGCUUUCUUCUUCCAUCGAUCUCCUUCCCCUCGAUCCUUCUCCAUUCUCCUUUAAUGGACGACGAACGUUUUCGUGUGUAGCCUAGCGACGAGAUCGAACGAAUCUCGCGUUUCGCGAAUGCAACUUCCGGCGAUAUCUCCCGGAAUAACUAUAGCAAACAGAACCAUAGUUUCCCAGCCUUGGACGGUGUUCUAGAUCAAGGGGUUAUAGGUCAACGUUCUGCUUUCUUUCGUUGCUUCGAUCCUUGGCGAUCGCUUUCCGUACAGCGUUGAUCCGGCGACGAAAUUUUCACACAGAAAUGAAUUCCACGAACUUUCAUUAAACAUCGAAUACCAAAUUUGAAUAAACUGCGAUCUUUUGCGAGAAUAGGAUCCUCAAUUUGGUCAACAGUUGUGCCAAGGACGUUGGCUCGCUUUGCGCUCGUUUUGUAUAUCGUAAUCGUGUCGUUUUCAUUCUCAAUUUUAUUAUUGUUAACUCGACGCUAUCUCGACGCUAAACCGAUCAAGCAACGAUAGCAACCGGCGUGCAAAAAAGGUCAAAGCAAGAAGAUCGAAUUUAUGAAAAAUUUCCCAAAGUUUUCGUUACAAAGCUCGCCCCGGUAACGCAAUUUUUCCAAGCAUUCUCCACGACCAAAGUGUCUACAAAGUUUGCGCAGAAACGACCAUUUCGAGCGCGCUGGAUUUAGCGUUGAUAUUAUCACCGCUACAAUUAUUAUUAUUACGUUGUAUCACCGUAGAAAAAUGAAAAGGGCAUCCGACCAUUUCGUGCCAACUAAAUCCAACCGAAUCGAAUUGAAAAUACCGUAUAAAAAUGGAACAGGUCAAUCUGGUGCCAAAAUUUCGGGCCGAACUCUCCCGUCGAGUGAUUCAAUAUUCCGCAAAAAAGAAGAAAAGAAAAGGAAACUUAAUUUCAGAGAAAUCGUGGAUGCCAGCACGGCAUCGAGGGGUAAGCUCGAGCGAAAGACGCGCGAAACGGGGGUAGGGGGACCCUCGUAACGGUGUCUCUGCGGACCGGAAACGGUUGGGAAACUAUGGCGUAAUCGGUUCCGCCCAUCGCGAAACGAUUUCCGCUGCAAUUCCGAGGCAUCUUCGGUAAAGAACAAAAAAACAACAAAACGCGCGAUCCUUCCCCCGGCAGCGAUAAUCGUCACGAUCGAACGGGAGGAACCGGGUCGAGGAUAAUUCGUUAACCGGCCGCGCCGAGCUUCCUCGCAGCCGCGCGAGACGCGCGCGGAUCGACGCGCGCCGUGUCGCUUCGAGUCGAACUCGUGCCGCGCGAAGCGUUUCGCGUUGCGAGUUUCUCGGCUCGCCGGCGAGGAUAAUAGAUUCAAUUACGAAAUUGGACGUAACGCGCGUUCCCCGGGACAACAACGGCGCCGCCGAUUAAUUCCUAUCGAGGGACUUAAACUCGCGCGGCAGCCGCCGCGUCGCUCGGCGGAAACCGAAUCGCGCGCGGGGCUGCAAAACUCGAGCCUAAACGAUCCGGAUCGGUUCCUCUGCGCGCAAACUUCUCGGUCCCGUCUCGAUCCAGGAGCCUCGGAUCCUCGGAUCCAGGGGGAUUCGUCGCCGGCGAUCGAUGAUCGCGCACGGAAUGCCGCGAGCGCGGCGACGACCCUCGGGACCUCGUUUCCGGGACGCUGAAAGAGAGACUCGCGUCCUCGCGAAAGCAAUCGCAUUGUCCGGACUAAAUUCCCGCUGUUCGAACAACAGCCAAGGGGUUCGUUCUGGCUCCACGCACCGCCGGUUCAUCGCGGAAUCGAUUUCGACGCGGCGCGGCGCGGAGCGGAGCGGCGUCAACGUCGGCGUCAAGCGACAUCGUCGAAUUGGUCGCGGUUCGACGAGCAAGCCCCGUCGGAUCGACCGCUGGAAAAGAAUGUAACGCGCGAAUGAGAAUUCCCCGUCACGGAACCGCGCUGAAAAGAUCUCCCCGCGAUUGCCGUGCGCGACCUCCGCGACCUCCCGGUUUGGUUACGGUGCGUUUGGAUUCGAGCGAACGACGAAAGCCCCGAAAGCUUUCGUGCCGGCUCGCGGCUUAUUGUUCGCGGCACCCCGGCGAAGUAGGAUUCCUUGCUUUCGAUAAAUCUCGUAAUCGUUGCAAGCAUGUUUGGUUCUUUAUUUUAUCGUGUUUCUUCUUCAGCUUUCAUUUUCCGCGAAGGAACUCGUAACACGUGGGUGCCCGAUGUGGGAGACGUUUUAUUUUUUAAAGUCGUGAUUCUCGAUUGACAGCACUUUAUCGUUAGAGCAGGCGCGCGUUUUAAGACUAAAAUGAGUACUGGGAAUUCUUUUCAAUUGUCCGUCAAUUUGCGAACGAAAGUGGACAAUUUGAGAUAAAAAGAGAUACGAUUAUUCGAGCCGUGUGCUUCGUUUUGUUUCAGUUGUUGACAAUCGGCGGCUGUAAAGACGAAGCCGCAGGGCUCAAAAAAUCGCAUUUCCUUUUCCCAAAUUGUUCAUUUUUGCUAACAAGCUGAAAACAAUUAGGGAGCAUUUAUUGUAUUCAUUUAGAAUCUGACGGGAAACGCGGACGAAAUAAUUCCGCCUCUUCGCGAUAAAGGAAAACGUAUGCAAAUGUUAAUAUUAAUAUGAUUACAUGUUUUUGUUCUUUACUGUAGCAACGAGUAUUCACCCGUGUAUAUAUAUAAUAUAUAAAAAUGAGUUCUAAAUACGAG